AUGGACAAGAAACUCCCAAACCAUCUCUUCUGCUUCCCUUGCGCGAAGUGGCAUGUGCGCACGACUCCAGGUCUGGAGAAACUCAAACCACCAAGAGUACUGAACCCCGUCUACGACUGUCCAAAUAGCACGAACAAUCUAAUGCCACCACCCCGAUUGCGGAUCUGCGACUCUCGCUGGCUACCAUUUACUUUCGUCCAACUCUACAAGCGUGCUUGGGAACAUGGUCCAGGCUACGGCAUAAAUGUCCACUCGCUAGCCCGGAGAUUCAAAGACGUUGAAUUAGGCUGGAGUCACGAAACCAUGUUCCACAUACACCCAGCUAACGGUCACGUUUUGAUGCGAGUCAAGUCGCAAGUCUUUGUGGAGGGCGGAAUGCAGCCAGCAGCGAAGCGCCUGCUCCUCUUCACUAGGAGUGACUACACUCCAUAUUUCAGCGUUUGCGCACACUGGCGCAAAGGACUCUUGACAUCAAUACCCAAGUGCGCUCUAGAUCACAUACCAACCCCGGAAGAGAACGUUUACAUGGCCACAUUUAACAAGAUGAGACACGCCAAACUCGUUGGUCCUACUGCGUUAUGUGGUCAUUGCCAGCCCAUGCGUCGAUGUGCCGAAUGCCCCACGGAGUAUCUUUUCGAACUGAAGCUUGUCGAAGAUAAAACAGUGCAGAAGAUGAGUCCAGAAAGGUUCAGGCAGGUACUCCUUGUGACGCGGUGGAGCGACUUAGGUCCAGCGCGCAGCCCUCGGGACCCUGAGUGGGCUUCUGUGGUCGGCGAAGGCGACGGCUAUGAUAGUUUCCGAGAGAUCGGGAAGCGGGCUGUAAGUGGCAUUUUUGAGAGUGCAUUCACAGACACGACCCCUAGGGCGCGCAUUCUGAGUCUCAACCCGGCGGGGCUUCAAGAUGGCGGGGAUGAUGGCGAUUGGUAUUAA